CCGCUUGUUCGUGUUAGAAAAUGGCGCUCGAUGCCAUCGUCGCCUUCGUGCAGCAGAACCCCAUCCUCGUGCUGAUGGUCCUCUACAUCUUCUACCGCAUGUUCCAGUCGCGCCAGCCGUGGCCGGACUACGGCGGCAACAUCACUGCUGUCAAGUCGCUCGAGGAUUGGCGGAGCCUGCUGAAUGGGAGCAGCCUCACGCUCGUGGACUGCUAUGCGACGUGGUGCCCUCCCUGCAAGGCGGCCGCGCCGGUCUUUGCGAGGAUGAGCGAGGAGUACCCCGACGUCACCUUUGCAAAGGUGAACGUGGACGACGCAGCCGACGUGGCAAAGCAGCUGGGCAUCUCGGCGAUGCCGACCUUCAAGCUCUUUCGAGGCAGCGAGGAGCUCGGCACGCAGCGCGGUUGGUCCGAGGGGCAGGUGCGGGAGAUGCUCGACAAGGCGGGCGCGGUCAAGGGGGCGCAGGCGGGAGCAAAGGCAGAGUGAGGCGGCCGGCGUUUCGCGCCCAGGCGCUGUGUGGUAUUUGUGUGUGCUCGCUCUCCAACUACGCGCGAUUCGAGAUCGCACGGCGCGUGGAGGACCGGCUCGGGCCCUCGCUCGGCGUCGCCGCGCGUCUGUCUCGCUUCGUGCCAGACACUCAGCACUCAGGCUCUUCUCUUUUCCAGUAUAUGUGAGCGUCACACCGGCUGUGCGCUGUGCCCAGGGGAGUCUUACUAACCAUGUAAAAGGCGGGGCGCGGAGAGGA